UUCCGCUUCCGUCGUCGCCACUGUUUAUUUUUGUGCGCACACACACACACACACACAAACGAAGACAGUUGUUGUGCUGUGUUGUUGACAAAAGAGAGGAGUGGGGCGACAGUGGGGAAGCGAUCGACAGGCACGCAGGCACCACAGAGGGAGAGAGAGAGAGAGAGACGCGGGCGCACGACGCGGACGCACCACAAGGGAGAGAUGCCGGCGCAGCGGCGGCGCGCAGGAAGCGCAAGCUCCACGGGGAGCGGCAAGCACGGCAGUAGGCUUGCGUCGACUUCAAGCACGGGUCGUCGCACACCUCACACACAAACGAAGAAGCAAGGCACGCAACCCGUGACCAUGCUGAAGGAUCAGCCCACCUCAAAGAAGUGGCGCAACUGGUGGAUCAGAGGCAUUCUGUCAUGGACGAUGAUUGGCCUCUUCGCUGGCGUCGUUUACCUCGGCCCACUGGCUCUGGCAACUCUCAUCUUGGCGCUACAGCUGAAGGUGCUGCAUGAGGUGAUUUCGCUUGGGCACAAGACGUGGCCACGCGAGCUGCCGUGGUUCAGGUCGCUCAACUGGUACUUUGUGUUUGCGGCCAACGUGUUCUUCCUCAGCGAAAACUUUGAGCGCCAUCUCUACGAAGAGUUUGCAGACGUGCCGGUUGUGCUGAUGCUGCUCACCCGGCAUCGCUUCAUCUCCUUCUGCCUCUACAUUGCUGGCUUUGUGACGUUUGUGCUGAGCCUGAAGAAAGGGUUCUACAUGUUCCAGUUUGUGCAGUUUGGAUGGACGCACCUGUCACUGCUCAUCGUCGCGUCUGCCGCCACACUUCUCAUGCGCAGCAUCUACGAGGGCCUCAUCUGGUUCCUGGUGCCGGUGUGCCUUGUCAUCUGCAAUGACAUUAUGGCGUACAUGUUUGGCUUCUUCUUCGGCAAGACCCAGCUCAUCUCCCUCUCCCCAAAGAAAACAUGGGAGGGGUUUCUUGGCGCCUUUGCGUCGACGGUCGUGUUUGGCAUCGUCUUCAGCUCCAUCCUCUCUCGCUUUCCAUUCUUCACCUGCCCGAUGCAGGACCUCUCAACAUACGGAGACGAGACCUGCGUUCCUCCAGACGCGUUUCAUCCGCAGGAGUUUCCGCUGCCACGAACCAUCGUGGACCUUCUCUCCCUGGUUGGGAGCAGCGCGACGACGGUGCUGCUGCGGCCUGCAGUGCUGCACACGGUUGCCCUGGCCGUGUUCGCCUCCCUCAUCGCCCCCUUUGGCGGAUUCUUCGCCUCGGGCCUCAAGCGCGCAUUCAAGAUCAAGGACUUUGACAAUCUGAUCCCCGGCCACGGCGGCGCCACAGACCGCUUUGACUGCCAGCUCAUCAUGGCAUUCUUCUUCUUCGUCUACUACCAGACAUUCAUCAAGCCGUUCAACCUGGACCAGGUUCUCAACGCCAUCUUCGCACUGCAGCCGGAGGCGCAGGUCACGGUGUAUGAGCGGCUGCAGCGGCAUCUUCAGGCGCAGCAUGCGAUCUAAUAGCUUUCCUUCCUCUCUGUUCCCUUCUUCACUUGCCCUGUGAUGAUACAACGCACGUACUGUCACACGUGCCCCCCCCCCAGUCCCCUCUUGCUUCCACUUCUGUUCCCCGUGCCGUUGCACCCAUUCAUCAAUGACAGCAGCGGCAAU